CCUGCUGGUUUAGAGCAAUGAGCUGAUCUGCCAGAGAAGAUUACCCAUCCCAGAUUACCCAUAAUUAAAUGCCACCUACCAUUACAUAUUCUGCAAUAAGCUGCUGCGCAGAAAAGAAGCCUGACUGGUGGUCAUGGAUGGGAGAUGCCCAGGCAGAGCUCACUGCUGCCUGCAGAAGAGCAGGGCUGGGAAGCUGGGCAGCAGCACAGGAAGGGCAGCAGGAAAAUAAUUCUGAUGUUAAGAACUGAUGACACAAUUAUCUUUUGGUUCUCAGCAGGAAAAAAUAAACAACUGAAGUAUUAACGUCAGUUUCUGCUUUGUGGGAACAUAACUGUGGCCAAAAAGAUUUUGAAAUAAUUUGCGCUGCUAAAGCUUGAAUGAGUACCGGUGCAUAAAGCUGAUAGCAUAAACUGGGCUCCUGGAAAGUUCCUGGCUUUCAUAAUUCAGAACAGUUACUGCCAUCGAUAAAGUACAGAACUGUGGAAGAUAAUCUCCUCAGCAGACAAAAGAUGAAAGUUUUCAUUAUUUUGGGAUUUUCAGCAGCUAUAGCCUUCACAGCCGUUUUCUUUUCUUUCUUUCAAAUAGGGAAAGACACCAUCUUUGAACAAAUUGAAGAUAACUGCAUUACUAAGGCUAUCCAGAAGGGUUCUAGUCUGGUGGAUUAUGCUGCACAUUAUGAAAUUAAAAGAAAGCUCCAAGGGAGUGGACUAGCAACCCCUACCUUACUGCUGGCUUUCUCAAAAUUUCCUGAACAAGAGAGUCAAGAGAUUUCCCAAGCAGCUGAACGAAUGGAAAUGUCAAUGCAGGUGCUGAAACAAAAAGUUUGCCAGAAGCACAAGCGUUCAUUGCAUCCAACUGAUCAUUUAUCAGCUGAUCUGCUCACUAUGAUUGCUAAUAUUUCUGGAUGUCUGCCUUAUAUGUUGCCACCAAAAUGUCCAAAUAAUUGCUUAGCUAAUGGAUAUCGACUCAUCACUGGUGCCUGCAAUAACAGGGAACAUCCUAGAUGGGGAGCAUCCAACACAGCUUUGGCUAGGUGGCUUCCAGCAGCCUAUGAAGAUGGCCUCAGCCAGCCUCGAGGAUGGGAUCCCAGUGUCCGAUACAAUGGAUUCCAGCUACCCUCGGUUCGUGAAGUGACAAGAAAAAUUAUUCAUGCACCUAAUGAGGCUGUUACUGAAGACAGCCUGUAUUCUGAUAUCAUUAUGGUAUGGGGACAGUACAUAGACCAUGACAUUGCGUUCACACCCCAGAGCACAAGUAGAACUACCUUCCUAAGUGGGAUGGAGUGCCAGAUGACUUGUGAAAAACAAAAUCCAUGCUUUCCAAUAAAGGUAACCACCAAUGAUACAUUAUCUGCAGGGAUGGAUUGCCUGCCCUUCUACCGCUCAUCUCCAGCAUGCGGCACUGGUGAUCAUGCUAUUCUCUUUGGGAAUAUAUCUGUGCUAAAUACAAGACAGCAGAUCAAUGGCUUAACUUCUUUCCUUGAUGCCUCUACAGUCUAUGGCAGUACCCCUGCUGUUGAAAGCAAACUGAGGAAUUUAACAAGCAAAGAAGGCCUUCUUAGAGUAAACUUAAAGUACUAUGAUAACCAUCGGGAAUACCUGCCUUUUACAGACCAGAUCCCAUCCCCUUGUGCCCAGGACUCUAGUGCAAGUGGAGGUGAGAGGGUGGAAUGUUUUCUGGCUGGGGACAGCCGCUCCAGCGAGGUCACAUCCCUGGCUGCCAUGCACACGCUGUGGCUGAGGGAGCACAACCGCCUGGCCCGAGCCCUCAAACGCAUCAACGGCCACUGGAGCGCAGAGACCGUCUACCAAGAGGCACGCAAAAUUGUUGGUGCUCUGCAUCAGAUUAUUACUUUAAGAGAUUACAUUCCCAAAAUCAUUGGUCCAGAUGCUUUUAAUCUGUAUAUUGGCCUUUAUACAGGUUAUGAUCCCACAAUGAAUCCUACAGUUUCUAAUGUGUUUUCAACAGCUGCUUUUCGUUUUGGUCAUGCAACAAUCCAACCAAUAGUAAGGCGAUUGAAUGCACAGUAUUUAGAUGAUCCUGAACUCCCAAAUCUUCAUUUGCAUCAAGUUUUCUUUAGUCCCUGGAGACUCAUUAAAGAAGGAGGCUUGGACCCUUUAAUAAGGGGUCUUCUAGCACAUCCAGCAAAACUCCAGGUACAAGAUCAACUGCUGAAUGAGGAGUUAACAGAAAAAUUGUUUGUGCUGUCCAAUAAUGGUUCACUUGAUUUAUCGUCAUUGAAUUUACAACGUGGCCGUGAUCAUGGACUCCCAGGUUAUAAUGAAUGGCGAGAAUUCUGUGGUUUACCCAAACUGGAAACUCACGCUGACCUGAAUACAGUAAUAACCAAUCCCAAUGUCACUGAAAAAAUCAUGGAAUUGUACCAUAAUCCUAACAAUAUUGAUGUUUGGCUUGGUGGUCUCAUGGAAGACUUUCUUCCGGGUGCUAGAACUGGUCCCCUGUUUGCAUGUAUUAUUGGAAAGCAAAUGAAAGCACUAAGGGAUGGUGACCGAUUUUGGUGGGAAAAUGAUGAUGUUUUCACAGAAGCUCAAAAGCUGGAACUCAAAAAACAUUCACUGUCCCGUGUGAUUUGUGACAACACAGGAAUUUCUGAAGUGCCAGCAGAGGCCUUUCAACUUGGAAAGUUUCCCCAGGAUUUCAAGCAUUGUAACAAUAUACCUGGGAUGAAUUUAGAAGCUUGGCAAGAACUUUAUCAGGAAGAUGAACUAUGUGGAACACCAAAGAGUGUGGAAAAUGGUGAUUUUGUAUACUGCUCAGAAUCUGGAAAAUCUACAGUGAUUUAUACAUGUCACUAUGGAUUUCAAUUAGAAGGAGAAGAACAAUUAACCUGCACAAGCAAAGGAUGGAACUUUAAGGCUCCAGUUUGUAUAGACAUCAAUGAAUGUGAAAAUAAAAUUAAUCCACCAUGCCAUCCUUCUGCUAUAUGCAUUAACACUAAGGGCAGCUACAGAUGUCUCCACACUGAUCCCUACAAGCUGGCAGAAGAUGGAAGAACAUGCAUUGGUAAUGGUUGUGAACCUACUGUCCAUUAAAAUGUUCUCUGUUCCACUUUACAAUGCUGUAAAAAUUCAUCAGAUAACAUUUCAUUGAAGAGCUGUUCACAUAUGUGAAAAAUCUCUACACAACCAUGGGCAUAAAGAUACAGAGAGAUUCUGUAAAUAAAGGUGUUGAAUAAAUAAUUCUUAUAGAGAAAUAAGCUUUUUAUUUCCAUUCCUAUUGCAUAUAAACCACUAAGUAUUUCCUGACAGUGCAUAUGAGGAGGGAAUCAAAUUUGUCUCAGUUUCUCCUAGUCAGGAUCUAAAUUCAGCAUCUAAAGUUCUACCUGACACAUUCCAAAACUGUCAAUGCUUUCAGAGCUAGCAGAAAAUAUGCAUUUUUUGGGGGUUUUCUACUUUUCAGCAUGCAUAGAAGCUGUAUGGUAGAAGUUUAGGGGGGAAUAUGACUGCAGUUGCCUUCUGAAGCUGAGCAAUACCUGUUCUGGGGAAACCUCCAUGAAACCUUCAAUCCAAACUCAAGUGGAUAGGUAUUUGCUUUAUCUAAGCACUUUCUUCCCUUGCCCAAGGGAAGCACACAAUAUUUAAACCACUCAGAUCUUGCAGAUGGAGUGUUGUACACCACACACUCAUAAGCACACCGAAUCUCACUGAUAGCAUAUUACUUUUUUCCUAUUUCCUUGGUCAUGACAUGGGACUACACUGUCACUUAUUAUUAAUUGCUCUAAGAAAACAAAAUAUGAUAAUUCCACAGGGAAAAAAAAAACCAAACUGGUUGCAAACAAACAUCUCUUCAAUUAUAUGAGGCACAUCCAGUCAGUUUUCCAGCUGUGUUUCAAGGUCACAUGAGCAAUCCGACCAGUAAGACUGCAUUCUUCAAAUGACACCUUAAGCAAGGCCACAUGACUUCAUCAAAGGCCCAGGAAGGAAGUACAAUGGGAGACUGCACUAACCAGGAGGCACACCAGUAGAAAAACUUCCCCAACAGGAGGUUGCCAGAAUAGACCUCCUCUCUUGCUGUAGAAAAAAAAAAAAAGCAAAUCUUCAGGGCCUAAUUUUUGUGAGACUAGACUAAUAAGUUACAGUGGUAGCCAUUUUCUGGGCAAACAGUGCCAGUGCUCACUUACCCUCCCAGUCUCAGUUUCCUCAUGACACCCGCUGUAUACCAGUUUGUGCCCACUGCUGUCACAGACAUAUUUUAUGAAAAUCAUCUUGCCAGGAUUUUCUUCUCCUGAGAAGCUGACAGGCCUCAGGGACAAAAUGUAAACAA